UAGGCUUUCUGGGACGAUGGAUCAUGUGUUACCCGACCAAGUAGCUCAUAAGCUCGGCUCGAUAAUCACGCAUGUCUAAGUAGUAUAUAUCCCUAGACUGGGGCUUCUGCCCAUGCCUGCAUCUUUCUGCACUCGCUGUUCAUCUCGUCUCUUCAGCUGUUCGUUAUGAUUUCCGUCGGCAUUCUCGAUGGCGUCGGGUCAACUGGCUCCAGAAGACGUCUUCCUCUAUACCGUCUCCUCGCUGUUCUUGUGGUUACCUGCCUUGUCUUGAUCACUGGCUCCCACUUCUCCCACGGUUCGCAUAAUCGACAGCCAUCCGACGUGGAAAGACGAAGCCUUUUCGACGAGCCACUUAGACUCAACGACUCGCUUGUCUCGCUGCCGCGAGAGCUUUUUUCUCGUGCAGCCGACGACGCAACAUGGGCCAGAAAGGUUGCAAGUGGAAGAAGGUGAGUCGAAGUACUUCUUAUUGUCAUGCACGAGCGAAAGCGAGCUGUUGAUUUCACUUACUUUGAACCUAUACGAGCUAGUCU